AUGCCCCCACCCCUCCUCACCACCCUCCUGGCCUUCCUCACCCUCACGCCCACCGCCACCCUCGCCCACUCCCACCUCGCCCACAUCCUAAUCAACGGCCAGCUCUACCACGGCUUCGACCCGCGGCCCAACCAACCCAACGACCCCUCCCGCGUCGGCUGGUGGACGGCCGCCACCGACGACGGUUUCGUCACCCCCGCCAACUACACCCACCCAGACAUCAUCUGCCACAAAUCCGGCGCCAGCCCGGCGGCGCACGCCCCCGUGCGCGCCGGUGACCGGGUGCAUGUGCAGUGGAAUGGCUGGCCGAUGGGGCAUGUUGGUCCCGUGUUGAGUUAUCUGGCGGGGUGUGCCGGGCUGGAGGGGGAUGAGGCGGGUUGUACGGGGGUGGAUAAGGCGGCGCUGCGGUGGACCAAGGUGGAUGAUUCGCAACCGGUGUUGGAGUUUGUGGAGGGGGCGGGGAUCAAUGGCGGGGUGCCGGGGCAGCGGUGGGCGUCGGAUGUGUUGAUUGCGGCGAACAAUAGCUGGCAGGUGGCCAUUCCGGAUGGGUUGGCGCCGGGGCCGUAUGUGUUGCGGAAUGAGGUGAUUGCGCUGCAUUAUGCGGCCGAGGAGGAUGGGGCGCAGAAUUAUCCGCUGUGUGUGAACUUGUGGGUGGAGGGCGGGGAUGGGGGGAUGGAGUUGGAUGGGUUUGAGGCGACUGAGUUUUAUAGGGAGGAUGACCCCGGCGUGUGGUUGAAUGUCACGGCUGGGUUGAGCUCGUAUGUCGUGCCGGGGCCGACGGUUGCCGUGGGGGCGACGCCGGUGCCGUAUGCGGAACAGACUAUCAGUUUGUUUGAGGCGGAGGGGACGCCGGUGGUGGUUCUGAGGGGCACGGAGACGGUGCCGUUUAGUGGCGGGGCUGCACCGACGGCGGAACCGAGGGCAAGGGGGAGGUAUGAUCGGAACUAG